UUAUUAGUAACCAACCAAAAGAAGCACCAGUAGAAAUAUUUAAACCUGAAAUGAAACAAUUUCAUGAAAAUUGUCAAAUUUGGUAUUCAGUUAUUCCAACUGAAAUAGUAAAUCAUUAUAUGGCGAUGGCUGGAUUUCAAUCUCAAGACAAACAAAUAGCAAAAGCAGUUGCUCUAGCUACUGAAAAAUUUAUGUUUGAAGUUAUAACUGAUGCCCAAGCAUAUGGAUUGACACAUCUCCAUUCACACUCUGCUAUCAAACCUGUUACUACAAUGACAUUAGAAGAUGUUGCAUCUGCAUUAAAAGACCGUGGAAUUAAUGUGAAAAGACCUGAUUUUGUAGUAGAACAAACGAUUAAUUAA